AUGAAGUCUUGGAUACUAUCACUGCUCUUGACCUGCAUUAGCUGCACAUGGCACACGCAAGCUGAAUUUUUCACCUCUAUCGGUCAGAUGACAGACCUGAUUUAUGCAGAGAAAGAUCUGGUGCAGUCUUUAAAGGAAUAUAUUCAAGCAGAAGAAUCUAAACUCUCUAAGGUUAAAAGCUGGGCUGAAAAAAUGGAUGCACUGACCAUGAAAUCAGCUUCCGACCCAGAAGGUUAUCUUGCACACCCAGUAAAUGCAUAUAAAUUGGUGAAGCGUUUAAAUACUGAUUGGCUGGAAUUAGAGAAUCUAGUUCUUCAGGACUCAACAAGUGGUUUUAUCGCGAACCUCACAGUUCAACGCCAGUUCUUCCCAACUGAGGAAGAUGAGACAGGCGCUGCUAAGGCUCUAAUGCGUCUACAGGACACAUACAGACUGGACCCUGAGACCAUGUCUAAGGGAAAACUACCAGGAACAAAAUACAGAUCUUCUUUGACAGUGGACGACUGCUUUGGCAUGGGGAAGACUGCUUACAAUGAAGGAGAUUACUAUCAUACGGUGCUGUGGAUGCAGCAGACAUUGAAGCAGCACGAUGAAGGGGAAGAUGCAACCAUCACCAAAGUGGAGAUCCUGGACUAUCUCAGCUAUGCCGUCUUCCAGCUCGGUGACUUACACAGGGCCGUGGAGCUCACCAGGCGCCUGAUUUCUCUCGAUUCUGCUCACGAGAGGGCAGGCAGCAACCUGCGAUAUUUUGAGAAGUUGCUGGAGAAAGAGAGAGUGGCAAAGCUAUUAAAUAAGACGUCAACUAUAAGAGAAUCGGCAAUACAAGGUGGGGUUUAUGAGAGACCUGCUGAUUACCUGCCAGAGCGUGAUACCUAUGAGGCUCUCUGCAGAGGCGAAGGUGUGAAAAUGACACCUCGGCGACAGAAGAGGCUGUUCUGCAGGUACCACAAUGGAAACAGAAAUCCCCAUCUGCUCAUAGCUCCCUUUAAGGAAGAAGAUGAAUGGGACAGCCCCCAUAUCGUCCGAUACUAUGAUGUCAUGUCUGAUGAAGAAAUAGAGAAAAUUAAGGAGCUGGCUAAACCAAAAUUGGCACGAGCCACAGUACGUGACCCCAAAACAGGUGUCCUCACAGUGGCCAACUACAGGGUAUCAAAAAGUUCAUGGUUGGAGGAACACGAUGACCCUGUUGUUGCCAGAGUGAAUCACCGAAUGCAGCAUAUCACGGGACUAACAGUAAAAACAGCUGAACUAUUGCAGGUUGCUAAUUAUGGAAUGGGAGGACAGUAUGAACCACAUUUUGAUUUCUCAAGGAAAGAUGAACCUGAUGCUUUCAAGCGUUUAGGGACUGGAAAUCGUGUGGCCACUUUUUUAAACUAUAUGAGUGAUGUAGAAGCUGGAGGUGCUACAGUUUUCCCAGAUUUUGGGGCUGCAAUUUGGCCCCAAAAGGGGACAGCAGUGUUUUGGUACAAUCUUUUCAGAAGUGGCGAGGGUGAUUAUCGAACAAGGCAUGCAGCUUGCCCAGUAUUAGUAGGGUGCAAAUGGGUUUCAAACAAAUGGUUCCACGAAAGAGGGAAUGAGUUCUUAAGACCUUGUGGCUCAACAGAGGUUGACUGA